UCUAUCUUAUCGAGUUGUUGUCCAUCAGCCCAUGUUUCUGAGACUCUAACUACAACCGGACUAGUGGCCCCGAGUAAAGUGGACUCCAUCCAGGGUUCAGUCCGUUCUGUUCAGCCUCGGCCAAUCUCUACAACUUUCGCCCCCACUUGCAGAAUGUCUCCCCGGCUCCAGGCUCCGACCAUGAGUCAAUCUUUUUGCACUGCCUGACUUGCUUACAGAUCUCACUUUUCCCCCGCGCUCUUUCGAUUCCCACCCGUGGAUACAAUACAUAUCUGGAGUCAUCUUCCAUGAUUUGGUCCUGAAAAAAUAGGCAGGACUUCCGAGCUUCCGAAUAGCUUCACCAUGGAAAAACCACUCCCCGUCGGCUACCGCUGGCGCUCCUCCCGCUCCUUCAUCGUCUUCACCGUCACCGUCGCCUUGUUCGCCGAAACCUUUCUUUAUGGCUUCCUCGUCCCCAUCCUGAGCUACAUGAUCGAGGUGCGGUUGGGAAUCGACCCGUCCGAGACCCAGCGCUACAUGACCACCUUGUUGUCCAUGCACGGCUUCCUGGGAAUCGUGGCUGCCCCGAUCAUCGCCCACUUCGCCGACAAGACCCCCAACCGCAAGAUCCCUUUACUGCUGGCCCUGGGUGGAUGCUUCGUUGGGACCGGUCUAGUCGCUUCGACUCUCAAUGUGGCCGCGCUUUUCGUUGGGCGCACGAUGCAGGCGAUUGCCGGGUGUGCUGCCUGGGUGGUGGGACACGCCAUGCUGACCGACCACAUCGAUGCGGAUAAUCUGGGGAAAACAUUGGGGCUCGCGAUGACUUUUGUGACGGCAGGAAUCAUCUCGGGACCGACCGUGGCGGGAGCGAUGCUGGAACUCUUUGGAUACUGGGCGGCCUGGUCGGUUCCUCUGGUCGUGCUGGCGGUGGACAUUAUCGCCCGGUUGAUUAUGCUGGAACCCGAUCGAUCCAGCCCUGCCGCAGCUACGACGCAGAAUGAAACCACGGGUCUUCUGUCGGAUAGCUCCGAGGGUCAACCGACCCAAACGGACUCGGCUCCGACCAGCACCAGCACCACGCUCACCGAUGCUUCCUCCCCUCGCCACUUCUACCAGAUCAUGCUGAGUGACGGGCGGGUUCUGGCCGGCCUGGCGAAUACCUUGUUGAUGUCCUCGAUCUUCUCCGGCUUCGAAGCCACGCUCCCGCUGCACCUCCGGGAUGUCUUCCACUGGGGCAGCUUGCCGACCGGAUUGAUGUUCUUCUGUCUGCAGAUCCCCUCGUUCUUCCUCUCCGCGGCCGCCGGGUGGAUGCGGGAUCGACAGGGACUCCGCAAUCCGACGGCGCUGGGCUGGUUCAUGUUGGCACCCCUGUUGUGGCUGUUGGGGGUGCCCGGCGACGACAAGUUCCCCUGGGCGAGCGCCGACACCAACGGCAAACCGAUCUUCGUCACCACCAUGCUGGGUUUCGGUCUAUUCUCCAUGUUGGUGCGCGGAGCGGGUAGUCUGCAGGUUACUUGGGUCGUGAAGGAGGAACAGACCAAAGAUCCGCUCAUCUUCGGACCGCAUGGAGGCAGCUCGCGCGCCUUCUCCAUUGUGGAAAUGGCCUUUGGGACCGGCUCGAUGGUCGGGCCCUUGAUCGCCGGGUCUCUGUCCGAGACCGUCGGCUAUUAUUACUCGACCACGGUGUUUGCCAUCACCUGCCUCGCGCUCGCCGUGGUGACCUACAAACUUUUCGACAGCAAAACUGCCAAACCUGCUCGACCGGCGGAUUCGAACGCUUGACGAGCUAGACGUGCGUGCAUGGAUUUUUUUAAGACGACAAGCAUAUAACAUAGACGACGGAGAUGGAACUAAAAGUUUGUUUUGGCUGCAUGGGUAUCUAGAUGCAUAAUGAAUCUGCCUUCUUCG